AGCAUCCCGUCUCUCUCUCUCUCUCUAUCCUUUCUCUCACACUUCUCUUUCUCCACCUCGGUCCCCGGACUCACAGCAGUCCUCCUCCUCUUUCCGCCGCCUCUGACAGGAAGAUGGUACCGCGCACUGAGCGAACCGCACGCGGACCCCGGGCAGCACUGAUUGACUCGCUGCUGGACUUUUAAACUCAUUAUGCCCUGUUACGCCAGGUUCAUGCUCCUGCUCCUGUGUCUGGUCCUGAUCGGGGAGUGCAGGAAACACAGAAGUAGGAAAAAGCGCUGGUCCGCGCCGGCUGAGACGCACAAACCGGGGACGUAAGUACCAAAAAAAUCGGCUAUUAUUUGCAUUUCUUUGAUUCUAUCUUGAUUUAUUUUAUCAUGCUUAAAAAGAGGUGAGAAGAGUGAGUCAUCAGAGGUGAAAUAUCCUACAAGAGAGCUCAAUGAGAUGCAUCCAAUCGUUCCUCCAUGAGCUCACAUUUACGCACAACUCACAAGCUCUCCAAGGGUUAUCUCCUCUUUAUUUUCAAGAAUAUCCAAAAUAACAUUAUUUCCACCCAACAUGUGAAAGCUCCAAACCUUUUUCCAUCAUAAUCCAGUCUUCACCAGUCACUGUUUGCUCUGUUUUGUCCUUUUCAUCGUUAAUUAGUUAGGAGAUAAACCAUGCAGUGCGCAGUGAUCCAGCGUCCUUGGGAAAACUUGUGUUUGUGUUUACAAGGGAGGAGAAAAUCCUCCCCUGCAGAUACAGCAUGAAGGAUGUUACUUCAGGUGAAUUCUUCAUAGACUCCACACAGAGAUGCUGAUUCUCUGCUUUAAUCCUGAUGUGUGGCUGUUUUUCUUGGCUGACAGUCACACUCCAAACAGGAUCAAACUCAGUGGCAGCUUCUGUUUUGACACAAAGUGAAAGGAUUCAAUCAGCUGGGAAACAAAAAAAAAUACUGGAUUCUUGCUUAGCUGGCCAUCUUUUGAAAAAGCUGCAAAAAUGCUUAUCUUUCAAUGAAUAUUUUCUCUCAAAUCUGAGCUUUCUUCCUGGAAAUCAGCAUUUAUCUUUUUCAGAUUGCAUCUUUAAUCCAAGCAAACUCAAAGAUAGUUGACUUACUGUGAAAGAAGAGCAAAAGAAGCUGCACAUAUUUUUUUUUGAGGAGCAAAGACAGAAGAUCCAUGACUGCUCUGAGGCAAUUCAGCCAAAGUCUGCGGAUUAGCUCACUUUAUUUGAGGGGUUUAGAAAUUAAUCUGAGCAUGAUCUUAUUUUCCCUGCUGCUUGAACAAUCAACUUAUUGUUGGGUUAAUCUGCAGAAGAUCUGUCACCUUUAAUUAAAAUCACAGAGGUGGAAAAAAUCAUCCAACCUGUUCACUGACACCUGCUUGGCUUGGCUGCUAUUUGGAUGAGCAAAAGCUAAACACAGAAGACAGUAAAAACCUAAUUAAAUUUCACACAAAGACAUCAGCGAGAAGAGGUUUUCAUGUUUUUUCAACCCAGUGACAGAAGCUCUCCUAUCUGCUCCCCACUCACAAUUUGAGGACUUCUCAUCUGCAGCUGAAAAUAGCCCUGAAGAAACAUACAAUUUUCUCAAGAUGGAUGAAAACUAGAGCCUUAAACACCCGAAAUAAGAUUUUUAUCAGUGUUAUUUCAAGAAAUACAUGUCGUACGGGAAAGGCACGGACUGUGCAGGCGAGAGCAGCCCUGAAUCUUUGAGGAAAGCUGCGUUGACAUGGAUGAUUCUGCGUCUCGUGAUUUGCAUGCGCUGCAAAUAAACUUGUGGAGCCAGAGCUGAGGGUAUUGCGGGCUUUAUGGCACAGUGAAAAGAUAAUAAAAAGAGAAUAGGCUGUGACAGCAACGUCAAGAAGUUUGCAUUAUUUAAUUCUCACAGUAUGAUGAGAUCCUGGUGAUAAAACAGUGCCUUGUGGUGUCCCUAAAGAGUCUGAUUGUUCAUUUCAAGGUAAUUUUACAGUCUUGAAGAGAACAUCCCAAUCAAGAUCAACAUUACAAUGUAAAGAUGUUGUUUUGCAGACAGUAAUUUAGACAGUAUGGUGUUUUUGGUGUUACGUUGUUGGGGUUUUUUUGCACAGGCAGCGCCAACGACCAAGAGUACCUAGUAAGGACCUCAGUGAGUGCCUGUACAGCCAGGCCUCCACAAACUUGUGCUGUUGGAAGUGUUAGACCUCUGCUUAGAUCUUAGUAGUUGUUAGAUCAAAGCUAAUGCUCCUCAUUAAGUCUUUUGCAUAUUUACCAGUUUACAAGUUAACAAACUUUUCAGAGUUUGACAUUUAAACUUGAAGAUUUUUGAGUCUUUGGGCUUCAAACACGCACAGUUAGGCCUCCAUUGGCACAUCAUCAGGGGGAAGUUUACUAAGAGAUCUCACAAGCUCACAGUUCGUUCUUCCUCAUGCUGUUUUUACAAACUUUAACGAGUUAGUAGACUCACUUUGAAAUCAUAAAUUGCAAAGUUUAGAAUCAAUUUUCUGUUUAUUUAGUGUUCCCCACUGUUCCUGUUCCCCUGUAGUCUCGUCUUGUUAGUUUUCAGUUUGUGUCUGACCCCGGUUCCCUCAUUUUCUCAGUGUUUUAUUCUCUAUUAUCAGUUUUCAGCGUUUCCUGUUUUAUUUUGUAGAAGUUUAUUCCCAGUGCUUCCAGUCUUGUUUUACUUCCUCAGUUUUCCCUCCUCUGUGAUUGUCUGCACCUGUGUCUCAGUGUCUCACCUGCCUCUCGUUGCUCGUUUCCCUGUAUGUGUGUAUAUAUAGUUCUUGUCUUCCCCUGUUUCUUUGUUGGUUCAAUGUCUUCAUUGUAGACAAUAUGUUAAAGUCAGUGUCCCCAGUUUCUCCUGGUGUUUUUUUUUUCUCCCAGUGUCUUUUGUUGGAUUUUGGAUUUUUUUUGGUUCUUUUGGAUUUUGCCUCUUGUGUUUUCUGCCUUUGGGAUUUCUUUUGGUUGGACUAUUUAGAAAGUAAGUUUUUGUUGCUUCUUAUUUAGUUGUUUUUAAAUAAAUCCCUUUUUUGUUCUGCCCUUCCCUUUUUGUUUUACUCGGAUUCUUGAAACAAUUUAUGAAUUUUAUAUGAAGAAUUUUGUGAUCACAGAUCUUGUGAGUUGGCUAAUAUCAAGUUUCCUCAAUAGUUCUUUAAAGUUCACAUGUUCUUUGACAGCAAAUUGUUGCAGUAAUCUGAAGUUCCCCAAGCACACUUCUGUCUGCCGUGUUAAGAUUAUAAAACGUAAUUGGGAAUCCUACCAUUCUUUUAUAAACAAAAAACUCAACAUGAAAAGGCAUUUUUAGACAAUUAGGAACGUCUUCAACUUUGCAUCACAACAUUAUCAUAAAACCACUCCCACUUUUUAAGUGGCUCUACUUCUUGCUAUGCUAGUGUGUUUUUGCUUUGUUGUUGCACAAAAAUUUGGCAAACACACAAUAAAAGUUGAAAUAACACUUUAAAAGUGGCCACCUCCGAUUCAGGGUCAGAUUCUGGAUCUUAUAUUAAAUAUUCUGGUACAGGUUCUCCUGGUGCGCUCGCCAAGAUUGUACUGGUCUUUUUCCCACCUCUGCAUUGGUUCUCACUGAUUCUCAGACAAAUUCAGGCAGCCAAUCAAAGCGGUUACACAUUAGCAUGGCGUCACUGCCCACUCAGAUCUCUGCAUUAGUAAUAAGGUUUACUACUGAUUUUAAAAUUUGAUUCAAAGACGACUUGGUCGUGUUGUUAACAGCUAGAACGCCAUUAUUUGAGAGCAUUAAAUCUUUAUUUUAUUCCAUGACAACAAAUACUUUGAACGCUGAUUCUGACUGCAUAAAUUCAUGGUGUCAUGUCCAAUCAUAAGCAGAUUGUUAAAUAAAAACUUCCUUUCUAAUACAGUCUGUUCUUUUCCUGAGAAGUAUUUUAGACUUUUAACUUCUAAUAUAUAACUUUUAUGCAACAAAUAUUGAAUUCUGAAGUUUUGGAAAAGUUUUAAAUCAUCCACCAUCAGCACUCUUAACUAGGCAGCAUUAAUACAUAUUUUGGGGUGCUGUAAAACUACGCCUACCAGGAGCAUUGAAAUGGUGACCCUCGUGUGCAUUUUUACUGGAAAAUUUGAGAAUUUGGCAGAAGCAACACCUCCACACCAAAUUGACUAAUCUGAGACACAUCCGCCAACAGUUCCUUAAAUGAGAGGUCAAAACUUUGGGUGCUCAAAGUGCCUUAAGUUGAGAAAAAAAGCAAAUGUUUCAGAGAGUAUUUAAAGUAAAUGGAGUAUUAUCACCGUGAUCAGCGGACAGAUCUGUGGUCGUAUUUUUAACCUUUCCUCCGUCUUUUUCCUGUCCUCAGUCCUCUCUCCAAGAAAGUCGCAGAUGGAACUAAAACCAGAAAGCUGAAGACGAGCCACCUCCUUCGCAUCGACGAGCACGACUUCACAAUGAGGCCCGCCUUCGCAGGUACAACCCGAGAGCUCUGUGUGUGUGUGUGUGUGUGUGUGUGUGUGCGUGCGUGUGAGUGAAGAGGUCUGAAUUCUGAGUGAUGAGACACACCCACAGGAUUAGUUUCAGUUCACCCUUUGUUGAACCCGCGCAUGAAGUGAAUGUUGAUAGCAUGCUGAUUGAUGGAGCACAAACAGGUUUAUUUAUCCAACCUGUCUGCUCUCACACUCCACUAACAAACCUGAAACAGACAGAGACAGGAGACAUUUGGUGAGAGCUGGAGAAAAACCAAAGAAACAGAGAAAUCAUCGGACUGUAAAACACGUCAUCUCAUAUCAUCUGCAGUGAUCCAAUCUUUGAUCCCGGGUCGGUUUUAUCUCCCUGCACUGGUGCUGAACAAGCAUGUGUUAGGCUGGAGCCAAGAGACCCACCAAAAAAAAGAAACGAAUUUGGGUAUUUCUAAACCUGGACCUGUAUCUGAUAUUUUCUGGGGUGUGAAGGGACAAAAGUUUGGGAGCUGCUCCAGGAGAUUUCUUCAGCCUGCGGCAGUAAAACAGGCUGCAAUGGCUGCUGGGUAAUCCUGAGGGAAAAAUACCCCUAAUCAAAGUCUGUCCACUAAAUUUUACUUUGUUUCUCAUCAACAGGCUCAAGACAGUUUCUUUUAGGCUUUCUUAAUUGGGGCACUGACUCAGGCAUGAGUCGCAUAACACUCUCUCAGGAGUGUGAUUUAUUUACCAUUACUACUGCCUCUAAUUAUGUUUACUUUGACUUUUAACACCAAAAUAUCAGACUGAUGUUAUGUUUCUAUGUUUAUUUUGGACUUAAGGGCACUGUGAGAAGUUUUUAACUGGUGGGAAAUAGCACUCAAGGUUUUUAUAACGAUCUUCUGAGUUUGUUUUUGUGCAUGUGUUUUUCUAUUCGCAUCUUCAUAGGGUCCCUGCCCACUCAGGUCUUCGCAUGAAUAAUGAGGUUAGACACUGAGAGGAUGUAGAGCACCCACAAGUGCAGAAUUAGAUUUUUUUUUUUAGCUGAAUCUUGCUUUAAAGACGACUAGGACAUGGCAUAAACAGCUAAAAUGCAUGUUCGAAAAGUGGGUUCUCCUGGUGCACUCGCCAAAUUUGUCAAAGGAGAGUUUCCACCUCUGAUCACAAGGAUAUUUACAGCUAAGAUACCAUCCUAUGAGAGCUUCAGUAGUGCUGCUGCAAAGUGGGGAAAAGGGAUAUUUGCAGUUUGAAUGUUUUCCUACUUUUUGGACUGUUUUUGGGCAACUCCUAAAUAUCUUACACAACGGACUCUUAAACGCAACAGGCGGUUAUAGAUUUGGUAUUUUAAGGUGGCUUGUUUGAUUCGUCGCAAUGACUUAUGCACUGUUAGGUUUCUGGGGGCUGUCAAAACAGUAUACUAUGAUAGCAGCACAGUGAAGGUUUUUUGUGUGUGUAACUCCUGUAGUGAAAAUGAGAGGCCAGCAAAGUGUCCUUUCUCUGCGUCCACCCUUCUCCACAGGGGGGCUGCAGGCACUGUGCUUUAGCUAUAGUCUGGUCCUCUGCUUGUUUUGUGCCACCAGGCAUGACCUGCUUUGAAGAACUUGAAGCAUGGUGGCGGCCUCUGUACUUCUCCUCUUACCUAACUCUUCUCCUCACCAAAAUCUGUGUGAAUUUUCAGCGAAUUUGUGGUGUGCUCUGUGCAGACAAGAAUAAUAAACCGUCAGUCAGCAAUUCAAGUUUUAAGCCCAGUGCUCCAUCACUGAUGUUUUCAUAUUGAUGGAUUUCAUGUGAUGCCACACUGCAAUUGCUGUUCUAUCUUUUAGACCAACCGAGUUGCUGUGAAUGAUGUAGCAAUCGCACCAUCUAAUAGGAAAAAAAAACAAGCAAGAUUUCAAGAUUGAGAUUGUGUUUAUUUUGUGGGUAGCCUGUAUAUUAUUUUGAUGAGGAUGAUCAGAAUGUCAGACAGCCUCCGGAGCUUGUGUGAGGACUGUGGAGCAUUUUGAAAAGUUAAACUUGAGUAAUGAUUUCAUUAAAAACUCAAUGUCAAAUCUGUCAGUAUCAGCUCCACGCUGCCACGGGAAACAAAUGACUUUAUUCUCAAAUGAUUAAUUUUCUGUAGCCAUUAUAAUAUCCUUCACCAAAGAUGUGGGCUGCGAAGCAAAAACAGACCAGGCUGGUCUGGUUACACUUAUGUGUAUAUCUUGCAUUGAGUCAUAAGGACCGUCCCAUCCUCCUGCUAUAACACCGGGGCUGUGUUCAGGUUACAUGCUCCACCUGCAACUAACAGAGAUUUAUAAGCCAGAUACAGCAUAAAGGCAGGGUAGGGGAGAGUGGGGUAAGAUGAGACAUUUUUCAUAUUUCAGAUCACUACAUCAAGGCGAUCAUAGUUUUGUCUAAUAAACUAAUUUAAAAUGAUCUUUUUUGGUCUGAACACAAUUCUAAUCAAACUUAUGACAGACUAAAUUCACUUUACAGAGUGAAAAAGGUUUUUUUUUUUUUUUAAAUAAAUGUCUAACCCCUUCACCCAUGUGCCUCUAACCUUCACAGACUCCAUGAAUUGAUGCCCAUCUCCUAAAUAUUUGGUCACAUGAUCAAUUUCUUUGACCAUUUACAAGCAACAUGGGGCUGGCUUAACUUACCCCACUCUCCCCUACAGGGUUGUUUCAAUGGAUUCAGUCACUAUCCAGCAGGUCUCAUUGAGGACGGGGUCUAGUUUACUUGUGUGGCUAGAUGGGCAGGCUUAUUCGGUGGUGGAGAAGCACAGGGUUAGUGCUGUUGUACGCAGCGUACUUGGGUGAGCUUCCCACCUUGAGUUGGUGAAUUGUUGCACAAAUUUGGGUCUUUGCAGGGUCAGAGUGCAGGUGGUUUUCUAGAUAGUACAUUGACAUAUCAAAAGUCCAUGUUCUAGGAAGGUCUGCCGCUGCGUUGCCAUGGCUAGGUCACCUGCAUAAGUGAACCUGUUGCAUCCUUCUGGAUCAUUAAUACAGUCAUGAAUCAUAAUCAUUACUACAGGUAGAUCAGCAACUCCCUGCUAUUGUGAAGUGAAAUGAUCAUUUUCCUCAGCAGUCUUUGAAAACAGUGAUAAAAUGAUGGUUUCUGUCUCUGCAGAAGAUCCUUUCUGUUUUUUGUAAAGUUGUUAAACACAGAAUUGCAAUCUGUCAGGGAGCUUCGAAUGAACACACUUCCAUCAGGAAUAUUUGCCUUAAAGGAUUUUGUUGUUGCUUUCGCAGCCUGUUUGAUUGCCACAGGCAGUUCGGGAGAAAUUCCAAAAACCGUUUCUAUCUCUGAAUCAUUUGGACCGCAAGAUGUGUAAAAAGAAAACAGCACCCAAGUUUAAAAAAAAGACCAACUCUCCUUCUCCUUCAGGGCAUCGUGUGUCCUCCAUACCUUCAAUCCUGCAGACUUUUACGAGCCAAUUAAAAUUAAGAAGCUUAUUUGUUGGACUGAAGUCUUCCUCUUUUUUCUUUAGCAUAACUACGGCACAGUUGAACACAGGAGGAGGUGGUGAGCUAAAUGAAACGUCCCAUGGUGCAUUUCAUGCUCCUGUGAGACUGCAGCAGCACACACAGAUGGAGCGAGGAUCCCACUGAGAAGCGCUUUUUGUCUCUGUCGCCAGUCGGCUUUUGUUUGCGGCUGCUGAGGAAGAAGAAUGUGAAGGUCUUAGUCAAACAUCGUCAGAGCUGACUCGUGCUAACGCCCCGCUGCUGCUGCUGUGUGUGAGACUGAGCCGCCCUCGUGUGUCUGAGGAGGUAGUGUGUGUGCAGCAGAUGCUCUGGUUCCUCCUGCCUUCAAAAGCAGUGGUUGCAGUGUUACUAAUGCAAACCUCUUACACGCUGCUCCUCAUCACUUGGAGAACAUAUCCACACCAUGCACUGACUUACCAGUGGGAGUGUCAGUGUCAGGACGGACUAAUCCUGAGCAGUUUGUACCGCACAUCUGGACGAUAAAUAAUGCUUAAUAUGACGGCAAACAGCAACAUUUUUUAACAAGAGUCUACUGCUCCUCAGUUGCUGUCUGUUGUUAGGGAUUCAGCUCUAAUCAUAGGCCCUGGUGGGAUGACUGGGAUCAUAUAAAUCCCUGAAAGUAGUUCAAUUAACUUGACAUCAGGCUGAGAAAAGAGAAGAGACAAAAACAGCAGAAGAAGAGAAAAGGCAGGAGACGUUUAAGACAUAAACUGUGGGAAUGAAAUCAGUACGGAUGGAGCAUAAAGCAAACACUGAAUGUAACACAGUGUGGGUUUUUGUCUGUUCUUUGUCCAAGAAAACUGGGAUUUGUGAGUUCAACACUUUCUCUUCUGUAUCCUUCUAUUUUGCUUCAUAAUUUGGUUAAUGAUUCCAGCUGCGCUGCAUAAAAAUCUGUCAAUACUCAAUCAACAGAUUUCUUUUGCUUAUUACAAACGCUUGGGUUUCUAUUCUCAGAGUUUAAUAUCUUGAAACUAAACUUUGUUGGACUUUUCAGGCAAAUAAAGCAGAAAUUCAGUCUAAUGAGACACUUUAUACCGUAAGUAAAAGAGAAAACACUAAGAUUUGUUCAAAGACAUAUUAACAGACCUUAAAGGCAUGGUUGACGAUCUGAGAAGCAGUUGAAAAAAACGGAUCCAUUGAGGCAGAUUUGAAAAAAGCGUCCCACCCCUCACACACAAACCUCUCCCCCCUGUGCUCCACAUUAACUCCCCCCUGAACCUGUAUCGCCCUCCCCACGACAAACCCCCUCUGGCAGAGCAAGAAGCCGGCCGGCAGAAGAUCCUACGCUAGCUUCAAAUAAGAUUCACCAUGUCGGAUUGCUAGUGACUAGCAGCAGUAAAGGCCAGAGCCGUCUGCAGCUGCCUAGACAGCUACCAUGUUGACAUUGCAGAGACUAAUAAGUUAUUUAUGUAACAUGUGCCACGAUAAAAGGCAAAACUACCUGUUCAACAAAAACUCUGCUGUCUCGGCGUCUGUUUUCAGGCCCAAAUCCUAACAGAGCUUUCUCCACCGCUCGAAAGAUGACCCGAUGUUUGUUUGAGUUAGAUUUCUUGCUUGGUCACAUUUCCUCUUCGACUUUCUUCUGCCGCCUGCGUUUUCUUUGCACUUUUAGCGAAGGGGCAAGUUGAAAGGAAGGUCCCGCCCUCCUUCGCCUCUGAUUGGCUAUAAGUGCUGAGCUCCGCUUGGUUAUUCCUUAUGACUGUGAAACGUCAUGGUCUGUCAGGUUAGGGUUAGGAUUAGGGUUAGGAGAUUCAGAACUGCAAUAAUGUUCUGUAAUGUUCUGUUCCAUGUACAGAGCCGACAGCCCGCGUUUGGCUUGAGUGCGUGAUGAUGUUUCCAGCUUUUCUAGCCAAUCAGAGGCAAAGGAGGCGAGAUUUUCCCCAACCAUUCUACAAAAAAACAUAUCAUGGCUGGGAGAGUGGGAGGGGAUGAGUCGGAACUACGGGAGAGGGGUGUGUUGAAUACAGCGAGGUGAUUGGAUGGAGAGGCGGAGCAGGAGAUUGACCAAUAGGAGCUGUCCGGGACGGAUGGCCUCCCAUUGGUCAAUGUUUUUGCAGCCCUGCACCUGCUAGGGUGAACAGAUUUUUUCCAUUCUUUUUCCUCUUCACUUUGUGGAGAUCACACUAUAGGACCAUGAUCGCCAUAGAAACAAGGUUCAUAAUAAUUACCAAUCUCUCCAAUCGGUGACCAUGUCUUUAAGUACAGAUGAUUAUUUGGGUUUUUCAAUGGUGAAAUUGUUGAUAGUUGAGAGUUGACGGCAUCACAUCAGGAAGAUGGAAAAGAAGAAAGUGUAUUGAGGAUGGAUAAAAAAGAAAGAAUAAAUACAUAAUUGUAAUGAAUUGGAUUGUUUGAUUGUCCUGGUGUUUUUUUUCCAGGUUGUCCGAGUGUAGCCAGGUUUUGACCAAUCAGAAUCCACCAAACAUGAUUCUGUACUUGUUAUGCAGCAAAGACAAACAUAGUGAUGAAGAAAAUCUAAUGAUCCUGGUUAAUAUUCAUCUUCCUCUACCCUGGAUCAUUUUAGUGCUAUCAUCAGUGUGCAGGUGAAGCUGUUAGAGAUGAUAAAGUGCCUGUUUUCUUAAUUAGAGCACCUGCUCUGCUCCCAUUGGUCCCCUGCUGCGGCCUCACAAAUCAAACAGGAAGCUGAAGGGAAGAAGAAGACGGCAGUUUGGACUGAAUAUUUGUCAUCAUGUUUCCUGCGUGCUUCUAUUUAUAAAGCUCCUCCUCCCUGUCUGCCUGGGGUUUAGACCCGUCAUGCAUUAGUCACAUUUGCAUUAAAGAGGCCGCUUGUUUUCUCCUCAUUUCACCCGUUUCAUUCUGAGGAACCCUCCAACCAACACAUCCCCUCUCCUGGAUAUCUCUGCAGCAGCUGCUAAUCCACAAACACAGGAGCGGUCCAGCAUCAUUAGGUGGAAAUGAUCCGCUCUUUAUCUCCCCCCUCUGUUCUCUGCACAUGUGGAGAAAUAACACAAUACAGUACAGGACAAUGUGACUGUACGGCAGAAGAAUGAGACCCCUGCAGAGUGCAGCUGUAGUGUGGUUUGGUUUUCCAUAAAGCUUAAUUAUAAUACAGAAAUUAUGUUACGGGAUCAUCUGUGGUUUGGUGCAAUGAGCGGAUUUGAGGUUUUUGUCUCCUGCAGCAUUAAAAACAGAUUUUUCAAGCUUUGAAUGGAUAAACAAAAGAGGAAAAGCUUAAAUGAGAACAUUUCCUACUCUCAAAAUGAAAUUCUUACCUACAUGAGCGAUAUUUAGGCGCGUUUGGACAAAUUUGUGCUCUCUUUUUCACCAAAAAAUAAACCUGUAGAUACUGCUUGAUGUAACAAGUGACACAUACAUGAUUCUCAGUUAAAGCAUCUUGAUUUUCUUUAAUUUGUGGCGCGAAAACAAACAAACCUGUUGCUUAUAAGAUUGUUAAAAUCUGUUUGAGAAGAUAAGACGAAGAUUGUGUCUGUGUUGGCGAGAAUAAUUUAAGAUUAAAUAACACCGCAAUGGAGGCUGAGGUAGGCUAUUACACAUUUGGAGCCAGAGUUUGCGGAGUAAUAGACCAAAAGGCCUUGACACCCCUCAUCUUCCUCUAACCAGAACACACAACUUACUAAAGAAAAACUUUACUGCAUUUAGCAAGUUACAGCGGGGAGGAAAAACUUUGGUAACACUUUAUUUGACGCCUAUCUCUAUAACGCAUUAUGAAUAUAUGUAUAAUGCAUUAUAAUCAGGUUAUAGCACUGUAUAACUAUAGUUAUAAACACUCAUAAAUGAUCAUAAUGCUUUAUAGCAAUAAUCACAACACAUUAUAAAGCGUUUAAUCAUGACUUACAUGGUCAGGUAUUAUAAUGUGUUAUAACUGUUAACAACUCACUGACAAUGCCCACAUAGAUAAUGCAAUGCAACUGUUGUUAACAGUAAUAACACAUUAUAAUACCUGACCUUGUAAGUCAUGAUAAAAAGCUUUAUAAUGUGUUGUGAUUAUUGCUUUAAAGCAUUAUGAUCAUUUAUGAGUGUUUAUAACUAUAGUAAUACAGUGCUAUAACACGAUUAUAACGCAUUAUACAUCAAAUAAAGUGUUACCAAAACUUCCUUUAACAGGCAGAAACCUCGAGCAGAACCAGACUCAUGUUAGAGAGUCAUCUGCCGCUAAUGAAUCGGGUUUAGAGGAAGAUGCAGAAAGAGAGAGAUAGACAGAGGUGAGACUGAUGCAUGUUAGUGAAGUAGCUGGAAAGGUCAACAGCAGCAAAACAUUUGCAGCAGCGAUCCAGAGGAAUGAUAGAGCGGUGGGACUCCCGGAAAAGACUGCAGUCUCUAAUGGGACAAGAUGAUUUAAAGUUAAUGACACAGACAGAUAGAGGAUAGAGAAGGAGAGAAAAGGGGCUUAAUGUACCAGUACCCCAUAUAUAGUAUGUGCAGUAUAUGGUUUCUCCUUUGCGUGUUUCAGUUUUACAAGCAUUUGUGUACACAGCGACAAACUCUGUUCACAAACUGUGGUUUGUUUUCGUUUUAGAGAUUUCUCCAGACUAUCUCAAUCUUUUACUUCUACAUAAUAUACCAAGAAGAGAUUUGGAAAUAUUCAAAGACAUCUUUGUAUUUAUUUGCAAACCAUCAAAUUCUGUGUCAUCCAUAUUUUACACAUUUGCCUAGGUUUUUAGUUGGGUUGUCAAUAAUCAAUAAUAUUUAAUCCAAUCGCUUGUUUUUAUAAAAAACAAAUUAAGUGAUAAAAAUAUUCCUUGAAAAUGAAUAUUAUGCUUAAAUUAAAAACUGUUAGAGCAUGUGCAUCCUUAAUUAUUAGUGAGGAAACUAAUUAUCAGAGUAACAGAGUUGAGAGGGCCUUCAAAGUUCAGAUAGAGCUUUUUAUUUUUCCUCCCCUUCCAUAUUUAAUUAGCCACAAAUUAAAUAAAUUGCCAAAUUUAAAACAUAAAAUGAGUAAUAGAUCAAUAAAUGUAUUUCAGACCCUCUGCAGAUUUAGCCUCUCCUGGUUCAGUUUUAUUACCAUCUUAUCAGAGUCAAGGUUUCAGCCGCAGUGCAGGAACAUUUCAAGAGUUAAUCCAAAAAAUAAAUACACACUUUUCUGGGAGACGUGUUUGUUUGUGGUCUUGGCCUGAUGCUCUCACCCAGGUGCCGAAAGGUGCUUUCAGACGGUGGGUAGAUGUCUGCAGGCAGCAAUGAUGUUUUAUUUAUCUUGAAUCUGAAGCAGCAGGGUGCAGCGUUGCUUUAGGGGCUUCCAGCUAUCCUAAACUCUGCCAACGACUUCUUCCUUUAUCUCCAGGCAGCUGCUGUCCACCUACCUGGCUGCUAAGAUGUCCUCAAACUACUGAAUAAAACAGUUUUAGUAUCUAAGAACAAGAAAAUGGUUCAUGAGAUGCAGUAUUAUGUCUAAUAGUUGGGAAGCUUGAUAAAAUGCUGAUAAAAACAGACUCUGAGGGUUUGCAAAUCCCUAUAUUCAACUGAAAAUAAUGCGGAUAAAUUAUAUUAAAUACUAAAACCAAAGAAUUUUUUUUUUUCAUUUUUGGAAAAUAUCUGCUCAUUUCAACCCUGGCAACAGGUUUUGAAAAAGUCAGGUCAAAGUAUAGCAGGAAGAACAUCUCCCAAUUAAUGAGGUUUAUUUACGACAGAGGUGAGUUUCUCAGACGGAAAGAGGUUCACCGAUCAGUGAGAGACUGCGUGAGUAAGCAGUUCAACAGCUUCAAAUUACUGCUUCAGGUUAAAAUGUCAAAGACUUAAAGGAUUUAACCAUCAGCAGCUCAUAAAAUCAUUAAAAGUUUCAGAAAAUAUGGAGAAAUCUCUGAACAAAAGACACUUUACAUUACAAACAGACAGGACCCAACAAAUGCCGGCUGAAACAGUAACAUGCAUAGAGGAAACUGUGUGCAAGCAUUAUUCAAAAAGGCGGGAGACUUUUCUGGACCUGAACUGAAGGGAAGUGGAAAACUGUCCAGUGGUCUGAUAAAUCAAAAUCUGACAUGGGAACCCCAUCCUCCGCUCCAAAUAAGAUAAGAAUCACCCGUCUUGUUAUCAGCUCACAGUUCAGAGACAGCAUUCCUGAUGGUGUGGUGUCCAUGGCAUUGGUAGCUUACACAUCUGUGAAGGCUGUAUUAAUGUUGUUUUGGAGCAAAGUAUGCUGCCAUCCAGACAAUGAUUUUGUCUGACAUUGUCUUGCUGACUUUCAUGUAUCAGUAAGACAAUGUCAAACCACAUUCUGCAGGGAUUAUAACAGCAUGGCUCUGUAGUAGAAGAGUCCUGCUGCUUAAAGGUGGGCUAGGCAGGAUUACAUUAAUGAAGCUUCUUUUUUCGUGGUGUAUAUACAAAAAAGCUUUCAAUAUCAGUCAAUAGCUAUUAGUCAUUGAUAACAUUUGGUAAUAUAACAAUAUCAUUGUGUUUUGUUAUGUCUGUGUAGUCAACAUUUUAACAUUUUUGAGCGGCCUGCUCUUUCUGACUGUAAACAAAGCCGUUCUCUGCCUCCCCCAACUUGAUUGGUUGUGAGGCACACUCCACUUCCUCGUAUAACGUUAACGAGCCCAAACAAAGUUAGCGUGCCACAGUAUCAGACAGUAGAAACCAGCCAUAAAGUACGGAAAAUUGUCUGAAUCCUCCUUUGGCCACGAUACUAUUACUGGAGACUCUGGCGGAAUAACGGGCGCUUAAAAAGGAGGUAGACCGGACAAGAGCUAAAAUGAUAGGCCAACAUCAAUAGAGCAUAAACAUGGGGGACGCUGUGGGAUCUUACAGACCCUGUAACCUUUCUGCUGGACCGGUAAACCGCUUUAACAAAGUAAGCCAAGUGUCUGUAACAGAAGUGUUUCUCGUCAAACGGGACCUGCUGUGUGUUGUAGCGCCGCUACACUGUUGACCUCUGGUUCUGAACUAUGUCACUUAAUCCUAGUUGUAGAAGUCCUGCAAACAUUGUGUUUACUGGUAGUCUGUUGGCAUCUACAGCGACACCAAUGCUUUAUACUCUCAUGUUGACUGGGUCCCAUUUGUAAUUAUCUGAAGUAUUUAUCUGCACUACAUCAGGAGGAGCUGAGGGGAAAACUGGUUGUGAGGGGUAGAGUUUACAUUCACGAUUUCUCCCCCAAACUGGCACUUCCUCAGAUACUGCCUACCCUACCUUUAAGUGGCCUGUCUGCAGUCCUGAUUAUCAACCACUGAAAACAUUUGGAGAUUCAUGACACAUUUCACUUUAAAACUCCACUUUAAAAAAAGAGUUUAGAUAAUUUGCAAACCAUCAAAUCCAGUUUUUCAUGAUAUUUUACACAGUCAUCUUUAUCUGGUUGUAUGAAGGCUCUCUGUUUAUUAACUGAGACCACUGCUCUUUAACUCAGUAAAUUAAAUUGUUCAUUAUGCCUGUCUAGCAAACUCUUAUGUUCAGUCCUGAAGAAAUCUCCAUUUCCACCCGUGCAGGAUGAAGCAGCAAUGUGAAAGAGUCUUUACAUUCAACAGGUUACAAGUUAACACAUUUGGAAAACAAGAAAAUCAACAACCUGCUGGUCUGUGCAGAACAACCUGCAGGCAGGAGGAGGGGUGGUACAUCCAUCCCUAAUGGUUUUAUCCAGCUCUGCUUGGGAAAACUGGGGCUUUUCGUUCUUUCUUUCUUUCUUCUUUCUUCUUUUUGGCAGGAUGCAUGCUCAGAAGUUUAUAAGAUUAGCAUAAAACAGUAAAAAGAGGAGGCAGCGCUCACAGAUCUUUAACACCACCUGCAGAAAUCCCCUCAAAAAACUGAAAUUUACUAUUUUUAAUAAGUAAAAGCUUCCUGUAGUGUCCAAUUCUAUUUUUGAUACUUUAAUACUCUUUUACCCAAACAUCAAAACAAAAUCGCCUCCCUGUGGUUUUUAGAUUUAUCGUUCCACAGCCCGUAAGUGUAACUUUCUUAAUUAAAGACUUCAUGAACUUUCAUGCAGCGCGGGAAAUGAAAGUCCAUAAACACAGGAACUCUAAUAAUGAGCCUGAUAAAAUAUUCAGUGGCUGCAUAAAUCCCCAGACGUUGUUAAUAAAAUGUUUGCUUUUAAGUCCUGGUGUGUAUGGAUUAUGUGCUUUUGUUUCUGCUUUGACAUAAUAAUUCUGUUUUAAAGAAAAGGACCUGGAGUUAAAUGAAGCUGCAGGGGUUUAGCAGAGCUUUAUGAAACUAUCAGUGUUCCUGUUGUUUUUGCAGCUUCAGAGCUGACAAAAAAAAACUGUUUUUACAUUUUACCUUACAGUGUGGCCUUCUGUUACAUUGAUGCAAUUUGAUCCUGUUUGUAGGACCAGAGGGUUAAAAGGAAACCCUGAACGGAGCUCUUCUGUAUCUUGUUAUGCAGAUGACACACACUUCUAUUUACAUUUUCAUGCCGGCUUUAGCAACCACUGAAUUCAACCCAGAGAAGGUCAAUGAUUUACAGGAAAUUCGUGUACUUUUUGAGUAUGUUUAAGUGGGAUUAGUUUGAGAGCUUUCAAACUGCUUAAACUGAAUGCAUGCAUAAGACAUUUAUAAAGGCUGGAAUGUAAUGUUUUGGGAAAACACAAUAUGCAAGUUAAGUCCACUAGAAGUCAGUGCUUUUGUGACUGAAAGAGAUAAUGUGUCUUCAUACUGCAGGCAACAGAUUCAGGACUGUAAUCACAAGCCCACCCUGGUUAUUUGCAGAAGCACCACCUGGUCCAAAGAAUCACCAAUGGAAAUAUUUUAAAAUGACAUUUAGUUUACAAAUCAAUGUAACAUUGAAUGAAAACUUCAUCAAAUCACAUAAAAUCUGCAGGUACAGGUAGAUACAGGAUGCAGGUAGCAACAUACUUGGCAAUGGCAUUGACUGACAAAUAUAGUCAAAGCAAUUGAAAGCAUAGCGCAGUGUUUCACUGUUUCAGUUGGUUAAAACUGGGACAGUGAUUGUCCAGAACAGUCCCAAUCAAAUCUGGUCACCCUAAUACCUAACCCUAAAUGUUUAGUUCCCUUACUGUAAGCCUAAAUACCUCUACAACACAAGGGUCCUAGAGAUGACGCCCAAGAAUUACAGUCCUGACCUGCAGCCUCCAUUUCUGCAGAUGGACAAUAUUGCUGAAAGGCUACAGGAAUUCAUCUACAGCUCUGAUAAGGAUACAUAAUAUUUAUAUGUAUAUUCUAUACACAUGUAUAUAGUAAAUAAGACUCAUGUACAUAUCUUUUGUUUAACUCUAAGUUUCUUGGUCCUUUAAUUUCUCUUUUUGUUUCUGUAUUUAUGCUGCUGUGAAUUGGAAUUUCCCCCUGUGGGCCUAUUAAAAGAAUAUAUUAUCUUAUCUUAUCCUCUGGUAGUAAUGGCUGACUUUUCAGGGUGUCUGAUGUAGCCAAAGGUUAGCAACAAAGGGCUUUUUACCAUGCUGUAGUUUCAUUUAGAGUCCAACUAGCAACCUGUGAAAUGAAAAACAGAGAAAAUGUCAAGAAAUGUCAUCUAAGAGUGGAUUGUUAGCUGGAAUCAAUCCACACUUUGGGACUUCUGAUGGGAUCCAGGAUUGCAUGACAUGAUAUUGGUCUCUCUAUUUUCUGUACCAUACUGCAACUAUACAUUGUGUAUUUUAUUGGAGUAUUUCAUAUUGUAUCAUACCGUAUUGCUUCAUGUCACAUGCUGCACUUAACUGUAUCAUACAGAAUCAUACCAUUUUGUAGCUUAUAUUGCAUAUACCUUAUUAUAGCGUAUUAUAUCAUAUCAUGUUAUAGUAUACAGUGGUUUUGUUUCAUACUGUGUUAACUUAAAGCUAUGGGGUCUAAAUUCAUUAUUUUUACCUUUCUUUGUGUUCUCUUUUCGGAUCAUUGUCACCACAACCUUGAUUUUAUAGUUUAUUUAAUUAGUUACUUUUCCCUCUCUUUUAUUGUUCUGUUGUUUCAGACUUCUUCAUUCCUCUGUUUCCACUAAAAAAAUCUCAUUAACUUUGAUAUAAUUAAUUUCCCUUUAAAGCACACAGAUGUGUGUUUAAUGGUUACCGAUGGCCAACAGGAAGUGGAGCAGUUCAAUGACGCAUUGGUGGGUCUCAUCUGAUAAUCGGUGUAGUGGAAUAAUUCGCUGAUGCUGUCGGCCUAAAAUAGCAAAAAAAAAAAGGAAAUCUUCUGGCAAAAGCGAGCAUGUUUUAUAAGUGUAUGCUUGUCCCGCUUGAACACACACAGAAAUCUCAGAAACAGGCCGAGGAAGGUUGUAGUCUGAGAACAUACACAGACCUCUAUACCUCGGCUGUGUCCUUACAGAGACGUCUGGUUCUGGUCCAGCUCUGGUCCCGGCUGUAGCUGCAGAAGACCCUUCCAGCUCUAGCUGCACUGCUGGUCUGUGGUUUAUCCCAGCAGGUCUCUAGUGUUGUAUCCACAGAGACAGCACGUCAGGCAGAGCUCAGGGAUUGCAGUCUGGCACGUGAUGUGUGACAUAUGGUGUGAGUAAGAGCGGGGAGGACACUCAGUUGACAGCUGGACGAGUAAAUACCCCUCCAUCCCUCCAUCCCUCCAACUCUUCCCUCUCUUCCAGGUAGCAGAUUUGUCGUGGCACCAGUUAUGUAAGGCUGGCACCCUCUCUGCUGCUCAGAUUAACAAUACUACAGCAGCCAAUGUCACUCUAAUACACAAAUUUAAAGCGUGUAUGUGUGUGUGUGUGCGGAUUUGUAUGGGUAUUAAUGAAACAGAUACCAGGAUACUCUUCAAUUUCAUUGGAAAUCCCAAACUGACCUUAAAUAAAAUAUCCUCCUGCGGCUAAACAUAUCAACAAAUACUCUGCGAAUAUUCUGCUCUGUUUAGCAGAUGUUGUUGUAAAUGAAAAGAUUGGAUUAUCUGCAGGAUACAAGCAGAUGAAAGUGAUUUUUUUUUUUCUGAUAAUAAGAAAUGUACACGUUUGAGAGGCUGUAAAAUCUCUGGAAAUUGAAAGCAUACUCUGCAGACAUCCUCGCAUUUAACUCCACCACUGAUUCACUUUCGCUUCAAUAUAAACUGAGGUUAGGGUGUUUUCUAGUGGAAGCUGCUUUAAAAGCAAAAAGAUUUGAAAGCUUCAAAAAAAAUUUCACAACCACAUUUCUUCAAGCUCCUUCUCCUCCACACGUUGAAGUGUCCUCGGGCAAGAUCCUGAAUUCCAAAUCGCUCCUGAGAGAACAGCCUCAGCGUGUCAGUGUGUGUCAAUGUGUUGAGAAUACACACAGACCGGUGGACUCAUUCUCUGCAAAGCUGUCUUCUGCCAUGAGUGUGUGAAUAUGUGUGUGAAAGAGACUAAGUCCUGGGUCCUUAGGGGUUCAAGUCCAAACCCCUGUUAUUUGAGGAUUCAUAUACCCGUCUGACGUGACUUUAUCACGCCUAAUCUACCGCUUCUUGAGCACAAGCUGUCAAGACACAUCACCUGCUGCUAGGACACAGGUUUUACACAUAGACCAGACCUACGAAGGCUCCUCAAACAAAACCAGAAAGUCACGUUUCUAGAUAAGACUACGUAUGUUUGGAAUAGUGUUUACUCUGCAGGUGAUUCAGAGAGAUUCUCACUGAUCCUGUCAGCGUGUCUGGAGACUUGAAGUAUGAGUGAAGAUACAAGCUGAACGCACAUAACUCCUCUUUAACUGGGUAGAAACUAGAGGUGGAUAACAACUGCUGAAAUUUAUGUUUUGUUCUGUUUAUAUUUUCUGGUUAAUGGUAUCAUAAGUAUUACAAAAUGAAAAGCAAUCAGACACGUCCGCUUAAAUCGAAGACCUUGAAUUGAGUAUUGUUACACCUGAGUGAAAUACACAGGACAAACCAUUCCAUUUUUAUUUGUUGAUAUCGGAGUGUUCUUGGCAUUUUGCAGAAAGUGUCUUCAAUUGUUUCUUUUGUUUUGAGUUUUAAUUAGUGUUUUCCAGCGUCUACACUUGCAGCAUGUUUCUCUCAUUAGAAAUAGUUUGGGCCUCUGCAGCAUGAUUGUACCGUGGCCUCAAAGGUCCACAGCACAAUCAUUGCUCCGUGGACCUUUUCAUCGUUAAAAGCAUAAACAUUUGGAGCUCUGCUGACCUCGCCGUCUAAGUGCAUGCCCUGUGCAUUACUCGCCUGGAUGAGCUACAGGUUUGAUUCAAACCUCUGUGCAUCUCCCCACUGUCUAUUCCCCAUUUUUUCCCUUAAAAGAAAUCGGAUUGACAUCUUUAUUCAAGCAAGUAACAUACUGUUCUAGUAGUACGGAUAACAGCUUAUAAGGAUUAUAUGAUUUAUGAAUUCCACAGCUCUUGGCUCAUUUCAAGAAUUUGAAGAAAAUGGUUCUCAAUAAUGAGAAAAACACUCUUAACUGUUGUGUUUCCAUCAAGAGAAGUAAAUCAGUUGUUAGGAUGAUUUUGCUGGUUUCAAGAAAUGUAAUGUGAAUAGCAUUACGUCAAGAUGCUGUAUUUUCUUAAUGUAAGAAUAUUUCAAAGAAAAAUGAAAUCUUAUAAAGAAAAAAUACACUUAUUUUAAGGUAUUUCUGGAUUUACUGAGGUAAGAUAUUUUUACUUGUUUUGGAAAGUCUUGAAAAGCCAAAUUUUCUUGUUCCAUUAGCAGAUAAUUUUGCUGAAAUUAAUGUAUUCCCAAUUAUUGAAUUAUUUUUUCUUUUUUUGAAGGCUGGCUUUUUGCAGUGCACUAGCUUGUUCUCUCAUAGGUGCACAGAAAAAGGCCAAAAUUAGUCCUUGAAAAAGGCAAAAACAUUUUAAAAAAUUCAUAAAAUUAUCAGCAAAAUGUGAAAUCACCAAAUUAAAAUAUUUGUAUAUUGAAAUUUUCUUUUAUUUAAUGAAAGGUUCUCUAAUUUUAAGGAGUUGGAGCUUUAUCUCACUACUCUUGACUCUGUAUUUUAUACCUGAUUAUAUAACGUGAUUUUCGUCUCAGUUUAACCUCAUCAUUGCGCUCAGCAGCACAACAACCAAAACUGCUCUCAGGAAUGUUCUUUUUCUGUUUCCAUAUCUGCGCUAUCAUCCAUAAAAACUUUGAGCGCUGGUCUUGAAACUGUCCAUUAGUCAGCUUCGGUUGUUUCUCCGUGAAUGUACUGAGUGCACUCUCGUCUGUUGCUGAUUGUCUGCAGGUCCGGCCGUCCCUGUUGGAGUGGAUGUGCAGGUGGAGAGUUUGGACAGCAUAUCAGAAGUGGACAUGGUGAGUGGCUCCAACGCGGUAUGAUUGUUGUCAAAAGAAGUUUUAGCCAUGAUUUGACAGGGGUAAAGAACCGUAAUCUCCUGCAGAUAGUGAAAAUAAGUCAUUAGAGCACAGACUCAGUUUGGGUGUAUUAGUGGAGGAUUACUGGAAUCACUCUGACUUAAUAUUCAAUCAGGUUUGAAGGCAGAGACUCACAAACUGAAAGUAAUGAGAUUAUAAAUGAAAUGGAAAUACCAAGUCAUUAUUAAUGCUUCUGUUCCAGUGGAUUAUAAUACUAUUGGUAGAUUUAACCACUAAAUCUGUGACAGAUUGAGUUUGCAGACAUGCAAGAGGCUGACUUAAACAAAUUAACUCGAACUGCUUUUGCAAAUUGAGGAGAUGACAAUGGGGAAGCUAAUUAUCCACAAACAAGCUUCAUUAAAGGAGAGUUGAGCUGUUUUUAAACCUCAGCUUUAAUUUCUGAUAUAUUUCAGGAUUUAAUUCACAUUUAAGGUGCGGAUGUUUGGGAUUUAUCCAUCAAUUCAUCUCAGUCGGCAGCAGUAAAACAGACUGGAAUGACCAUGUGAAAAUCUUGGGUUCAAAUGCACAAAUCAGACUCAGAAUGCUUUUCUAAAUGUCUGAAAAUAUUACAGAGAGAAUUAUUUCAAAGCUAGACAUCUCUGGUGAGGGGAAAUGUGUGUUUCUACAGCCAGAAACAGCUGUUAGAUUGCUGUCUUUAAAUCCACCAAACUCCAUAGACAAAUAUAGCAGUUUUAUUUUGCAGGAUCCAUUACUUGUGAAUUUCUGCUGGAAUUGAUUGCGCUAUUGUUUUUGUGUUACUUUUAUUUCAAAACACUUGUUUAACUCUGACUUAAUAUUUAUUACACACAUCAUAACACUAAAUCAAAGCCUGCGGAUGCAAAAGUACACCAACGACUCCUUUUUUCCUGGGAGUUAAAUUACUGUUUUUCUAAAUGAUGUGUGGUGCAUUUCAAGAGAUGGAUGUUACAGCAGCUUUUAGUCUUUUUCUGUGGGGAUAUUUUAUGUGAAGUUGUUGAACACUUGGAAUAACAAUAAGCAUAUGAAGGACAAGAUAAGCAAAUGCUGAUUUGUCCACAAGGACGCUUAAUUUGGAACAAAAAAAACAAAAGUUCUGUAUAAGAGCUUUAAGCAGUUAGUUUUGAUGAAAAUGUCAUCCUGCACCAUUUAUUUUGAAUAUUUUAUACACUAUCUAUCUAUCUAUCUAUCUAUCUAUCUAUCUAUCUAUCUAUCUAUCUAUCUAUCUAUCUAUCUAUCUAUCUAUCUAUCUAUCUAUCUAUCUAUCUAUCUAUCUAUCUAUCUAUCUAUCUAUCUAUCUCUUUUAUACAUCACAUAAAGAGGAAAAUCUCAUUUGUCAUGAUACCAGCAAACAUACUAAACCUAUACAUCACAGUGCCCCCACAUAUUUAUAUACAUGUGCUCUCUCUCACACACACACAGCUGAGAAGUCUGGGCAUAAACUGAUGAAAUGAAGGUGCUCAGUGUCAGGGUCCUUCUGAAGUCCACAGGCAGGGUGUUCCAUCAAUCUGAAGCAUAAUGUUAAAAGCAGCCCACCUCACCCCACGCCCACCAGCACCCCCAGCCCCUGCUUUGGAGUGUUUUGUGGGAUGGUCAGGAGACCACUGCCUAUGGACCUAAGGGCUCCAUCUAAGAUAAAAAGAACUUUAUUGAUCCCCGAAGGGAAAUUCAAUGCUGCUGUCUCUCUGGUUAGCAUGUCUCUUAUAUACUGAAGAGCAGAGCCAUUCAGGGAUUUUUUUACACUGAGAAGAGAAAUUUAAAAUCAAUCCUAGCUUGGACUGGGAGUCAGCAGAGGGAUCUAAGAACGGGUGUGAUGUGCUCAGACUUUGAAGUUCUCGGGAGACCUCUUGCAGCUGCGUUUGGAAUUAACUGUAGUUAUUGGAUGAUUGAUUUUGGUAGUCUGGUGACUGUCACAGAAAUCUAGCCGACUCGAUAUAAAGGUAUUUAUUUUUCUGAGAAGAAAGCUCCUGAGUUUUAGGAUAUUUUUAGAUGAUAAAAAGAUGAAUUGGUAACACUUUACAAUAACCAUAAUUUAUAUACGGUAAAUAGACCAUUUAGAAAUAGUAAGCAGAUAGUUUAUUAAUGUUUAAUCAUCAUUUAUAAAUAGCAUGUAGACCAUAAAUAAAUUGUAAAUUUUACAAUUUUAAAAACCUAACCCUAACCCAAACCCUGACUUUACAAUAACCAUCUAAGUAAUGUUUAUAGGUGGUUUAUAAACUACUUAUUAAUCAUUUACAAAGUAUUACAAACAUCAGUUGCAACUUUACAAUAACCAUCUAAGUAAUGUUUAUAGAUAGUUUAAAAAACAAAUAUUAAUUAUUUACAUAUAAACUAUCUAUUUGCCAUUUAAAAUUGGUCAAUAUGCUGUUUUUAAAUGAGGAUUAAACAUUCAUCUAUCUAUUUACCAUUUAUUAAUUAUUAUUAUAAUAAUAAUUAUUAUUAUUGUUGUUGUUAUUAUUACUAUUGUUAUUGUUAUUAUUAUCAUUAUUAUUAUUAUUAUUAUUAUUAUUAUUAUUAUUAUUAUUAUUAUUAUUAUUAUUAUUGUUAUUGUAAAGUGUUACCGAUGAAUUUAUUGAUAUGCCUUUUGAUAGUUAGAUCCCUGUCUAUGACCAACCUUAAGCUAAGAAAAGAGAACUGAGAUAACUGUUUUGUCUUUGUUUAGUUGUACAAAGUUGUCUGCCGUAAAUACAUAAAAUAAACUUUGUAUAUAUAUUAUAUAAACAUCUGUAACACAGUAAAAAAUAGCAUUAUAUCCAACGUUUGAGUCAUUUAAUUUUGCUCCAAAAAGCAUUAGAAAAUACAAGUCCCAUGUUGGAAAUAGAAGUAAAACGUGACAGUUUGCUUACACAUGGAUUAUCAAAUCAACUUUUUAAUUGGAAACACCAACCGGACCCAAACAUUAUGUAAAACGGUCGUCCUUUGUCUGAAAUCUGUGUCCGCUCACUGAUUUUUUGGGAGGUCUGUGCUUGAAAAGAAGAGAUUAAUUUAUUAUUUUAGUUCGAGUAAUGAAGCUGUUACGUUCAGUUGGAUAAUCAGCCUCCGAAAGCUCAUCUGUAGGAUGUUUAUUCUGGUCAAAGUCAUACUGAUGCCUGAUGCAUGUUGAGUAAUGUAAUUAAAUCAACCUUCUGUUCUGGAAGCAGAAAUUGAAUCCAAAAAACUGUCGUCCUGAUGUUGUAUAAGCUCCUGUUUGCAAGGACGGCCGAGGAUUACUCUUAAUUUGGAUUCACGCAGCAUGGUGUGUUUAAUUGUGUUGGAACAGAGAACGGGGAAAUAAAUAAUGAUUCCUGUCCAUGACUGCUUUUAAUGACAUUAUGUCAUAUCACAAAGCUGCUGCGUACUCCACGGUGACUCAGCAAAUUACCCUCUGCUGCGUCAUUUAAAACAACAGGUUAUGCAAAAAAAGAAAAAAAGGUUUUUGUUCCUUUUCAAGGACAUGGAGCAUGUUCGCAGAAAGAUAAAAUCAGAUUUACCAGAGUGUUUAUCUACACCCACAUCAAAGGAGUGACCAUAUUAAUAUUAAGCCUCUUUGACAAACCAUUUAAGAUCAACGUAAUUAAAAAAAGGCUCAGAAAACAGCCGCUAAGAAAGCUAGUAAUUGUUUUUUUAUGUGUUUUUAAAGACAUAAGGGCACACAUUUGGAGAAAAGGUGUCUGUAAACAAUGAAGCUGCUUAAAAAACCACAUUUCUCAACAUCUUGUCAUAAUAUAUCACAUUGCUUUUGCUCAACAUGCUGCAGUAGGAGGCUGAAAAUACAGACUGCCUUUCAGACACACAUCACCCGUAAAUCAAAGUAUUAGGACGCUGUCUCUGCUCUCUCUCCCUUUCUGUUUCAAUUGACUUUCAUCAGCCUUUAAAAAUUGCCCCCCCAAAAAAGGCGGAGAUGCAGAUGCACAAAUGGAGAAAAAACUAAGAUUGUGUGCAUGAGCUGCAGAGUGGGGGGUAAUUACAGUCUGGUAAAAUGUUCAAAUAUGCACCCUGGAAAUUGCCCGAAACAGCAAAAUCAAACAUUUCCAACGAAAACUGUGAACAUCUGUUGAUAUUUCAUCAUGAGGAAAAGAGACUUUCUCUUUGGUCUUGGCAUAAAACACAUGUCUGCAGAUGUUCAUGCACUGAGGUGAAACUCACUGCAAUGGAAUAAUUUUUGCAAAGUUGUGCUCCAGACUCACAAAAUAUACGCUUUUGCACCAAACCUUAUAUUCAUGUGUGUGAAUUUUGUUGAGUUUUGGGGCAUGUUAAAGCCUGCAAAUUUGGGCGUCAUGGUGGUAUUAGAGAGAAAGAAUCGCUAUUCCUUGUGUACCGAAAGGGUUCCUCACACCAUGUUUGGCGCUUUAGUCCCUGAUAGUGUGAGAGAAGUGGGGAUACUAGUGUUUAUGCACACGUCAACACAGGUGCAAAGUCAACGGGUUUGUUGGAAGCAUGUUUUUCCAGUAUGUGUUCUCAUUCAAAUUCAUUACAGGCUGUUUAUAUCUUAUUUUUAAUCCGUAAUAUCUUAUUUUUCUGGAAUUCCCUGCUGAAUGUGGCUUAAUAUAACACUUAUUAUAAAGAAUGGGCAUGAAAAGCAUGUUUUUCAUUAUUCUCGACCUUUAACAAUGAAUCCUGGUGAGACUUGCAUGCCAAACACAGUCUGUCGAUGUCUGCAGAGAGUCCACUCCGUGCCCUUUUUGGACUGAGUGAAUUCAGUCUUCAGAGUACUUCUUCGAAACACACCUCCAAGCCUGCGAGUCUGUAAAAUUUGCAUAAUUGGGUGCAGUCAUAAGGACAGAAAAACUUACUGUAAUGUCAUCCACUCAGCAAUUUCCACCUCCAGUUUGCUCAAAUUAGCUCAUCAGCGGCAAAGUGAGGCUGAAGCAGCAAAAAACCUUGAAUGGGUGUAUAUUAGCUUAUGCAAAGGUGAGUUUUGCCGCUGAUUAACUAAACUCCUAUUAAAGUGCUAUUGCUGCUUUCCAUCUUUAAAUAUAGGACACUUAAGACAUUCAUCUGUCACUCUCAAAGUCAAAUUGUACAAGAUUUUUUUUGCAAAACAUCACAAUGAAAUAUGGGAGAGAAUUCAACUGUAAUUAAAGUUUGGGGGAAUUGGCAAUCAAAAUUUGUUAUUACAAUCCAAGAGUAACAAAGAAAAACCUCAAAGCUGCUAAAAGUGGAACCUUUUGUCCUCUCCCCUCCUUUUUUUUCCCCCCUGUCAGCCUCCAAGGUCUUAUUGUCCUCGGAUUUUAAAAUCAUAACUGGGCAAUUUUCUUGAUAAUAGCAGGUUGAAUAUUUGUGCUUUCAAAGUGAGGCUUUGGUGGUCAAUUUGAUUUCCUUGUUGUCCCCCUCAAUGCCUCAUCCAUUUAAUCCUCGUUGAGCAAUUCUCCAGCAGUUUUCGUACUUCAAAAGGAGCAAAAUAGCUCGCUGUAAAACAUCAAUAUUGAAGAAUUCAGAGUUCAGAAACCAUCUCUCAUUAGUAAACUCGUCUGGCAUUACGUUUAAUACUCACUGCAGAGACUAAGACAUGCCCCUGAACUCAUCCCACACUCAGACUUACUUUAAUGAUAGGUGCCUGGAGUGCGACGUGUCGAUGCAGCUGUUAUCUCAACUGAUCUGCUCUUAUGUAACAGGAGGGGGGGAUAGGAUGGGUAUCAUGCAGACCGGUCCUCCCUGCGUCAAAUAGAGGCGAAGUGACAGGGGUAAUCUAGGACUAAUGGAUGCUGUGGAUUCUGUUUGGUUAACAUAUGUUCAGCACUUCUCUUCACCGUGUGUAUUUGGUCAUAAAGGAUCCAUAUAAUCCAGGAUCUGCAGCUGUUUAAUCCCACCGUGACUCAGUGAACCAGCAGAGUCCCCGCAGUAGGAUUUAAUCCAGAUCAAGAGCUGGGGUUUGGCUUUAGUACCAGAGGGGACAUGUAUAUAAUGAUUCUAAGGGUCUUAUUCAAGGAAUUUGUUAACCUUGAGGCCCCUGACGUAAAGCAUGCCAGCCAACACACUCAUCAUUUUAUCCCGGGACCCAGGUUUUGGUGAAUAGCAUGUGAAUUUGUGCCCACUUUGAGGUCGCCUAAAAUAAGGUUGUGGUCUGGCACAAAGAUGGCAUGUAGCUGUCUUUAGAAAUCAGAAAACAUAUGAGCCUUAAACCAACAAAAUCCCCACUUAAGCCUGAAGUCUGCUGCAUAGUGUUUUCUGAUAUUCGGGGGCAAAUUGCACAAAUAGAUGCACAGCUGAGCUCCAACUCAGAAUAAAAAUAUCUAAAAAUGCAUUUCAUGAUGCAAUAAAACAGAGUUUUAUUAGACUUGUAAGUAUUUUUUUAUUGUCUCUAUGGAUAAUGAUAGUGAUGGGCAUGGCAGUUCUUUUAGAUGUACUGAAUCACUAGAAUCAGUUCACUGACAAGAUUUGAUCAAAAGAUUCGUUCACCAAAUCACUUAAUCAUUUAGCGGGAGAAGCCUGCGACUCCAACCUCCUGAACUAAAACACAGCUGAACAUUUCAGGAUUCAGUUCAAUUCACAAGACAAGAGUGUUUGGCUGUGUUGUUUUGGCAAACAGGUUUGUAAAAAUGAACUUGCUUAUAAGUCGUGAUGUUUUAAGUGUACUGUCCUAUGGUAUGCUAGUUACCAGGUCUGCUCGGUAAAUUGGGAUCAGUGAGUGAUUCGUUCACUGAGCGUUUAGAAGAAUUCAAACUGAACAUGAACCGUUCCCUUGCAAACCGCUGCAAUGAUAGGAUGCUGCGGGUUUAAUUCACUACUUGUUACAUGCUGUGUCCUAUUGUAUGCGAGAUGUUGUGCUGACAAUUUAGCAGUGAAAAAAAAGGUCCUUUUGCCCGACAAAAAUGAUUCCAGAGAGUAGUUCAAUGUAUGAUUCGUUCACCAAGUGAGCCAGGCAUCGGUGCAUGUGGUCCCUCGUUCGCCAGCUGCUGGCCUGGCAAGUCUGUUUCUCGCUUCAGCUCAACUCAAGUGACAAACGAACGAAUCUCUCGAGGAAGUGACUCGGUUCAGUACAUUCACUUUAAAGAUUUGGUUCUUUUGAACGCAUCGUUCAAAGGAACGAAUCGUUCAAACACUAGAUCAUGACUCUGCAUUUGAUUUGGGGCUGAUCUCAGGAUACCAAAAAACAAGAACACCCACAACACUAUCUCUUCACACACUUACUUCACUUCAGCCCUGCAUGGUACAGAAACCUCAGACUGAGCCCAACACUCUCCGCCACUCUCUCAAGUACAUGCAAAAACACAAACGCAGUGAAACACAAUUAACAGUAUGUGUUAUACAGUCCCUAAACAGUAACUCCAAGCAGAUAUUAACAAGAACAGAAUUUUUCAAAACAUACAAAUGAAAUAAUCCAGUGUCAAAAACAUGAGAGAGAUUCUGCUGUGUAAAUAGUAACACCCUUGUCUUCUGGUAUAACUUGCUCUUGCUGAAGGGAAUGAAAGCAGACAUUGUGCUUUGUUUGAUCAUGCCAGACACACACUUGCAAAUAUAGAGGGACUUGAAGAAACCUCUUUGCAUUCAGCAUCCAAUUUAUUCCUUAGAUUGUGAUCACUAUUGUGAACACAGUGUAAUUUUAGGGCCCAUUUUCGGAGCCUGGACCACAUUUCAGUAUUGGUAUUGAGACUUUAGUAGCAGUGUGAUAUUGGAGAGGACAUGUCCUUGCUUUCUCUUCUGUUUUUGUAUCUGAACCCCCUUCCACCGUCUCCUCCCUUUUAGGACUUCACCAUGACCCUGUAUUUGAGACACUACUGGAAAGACGAGCGUCUUGCCUUCCCCAGCACCACCAACAAGAGCAUGACGUUCGACGGACGCCUUGUGAAGAAGAUCUGGGUGCCUGACGUCUUCUUCGUCCACUCCAAGAGGUCCUUCAUCCAUGAUACCACCACCGACAACAUCAUGCUGAGGGUGUUUCCUGACGGUCAUGUCCUUUACAGCCUGAGGUGAGGACACAAACCCCUUCUGCUUCACACAAACACAGACUUCUGCCCUCACAGGUGACAUUUACUCUCUGCUUUGACUCCUUUAGGGUCACGGUCACCGCCGCUUGCAACAUGGAUUUCAGCCGUUUCCCGCUGGACUCGCAGACGUGCACGCUGGAGCUGGAGAGCUGUGAGUGUUUCUGUUGAUCUGACACUUCACCGUAGAGCCGAAGAGACAGAGGGGAUAAUGUGACGCUCAUUACUAAAGGCCUGAAGGGUGUUUUGUAGAGUGUUGUUUCAAUCAGCAAGACACUGAGUCUGAAUAUUGAAUUGUACGGAGGCCCUGAGAGCUGAAAACACAGAUUCAACAAAGCAAUCCAACACAAGAGCAUCUUUUAUAAAACAACCAAUUCAAGUAACGCCGGGGAGUCCACUGGUGCCCUGGGCCUCUCUUGAAUUCUGAUUGGCUGACUCCAACCCCAAAAUCCUGAAGUAUGAUGAACUACUUUGCUGCUUGUUGAUGCAACAGGAAGCCUUUUUUAAGCAUUUUUCUGAGGCUUAUUUUCAUGCAUUAGUCUGAAAAGUUAGAUAUCUUCACUUCAGUUCAAACAACUUAACCCCCUGGCAGACCUCCUGUUGGGUUUAGGUGCAAGUUGACCCCUUGGAAAUGUUUGGUUGAAUGUUUGCCAGCUGAAACUUAAGGAGGAACUGUGGAGCCAGUUUUGUGAAUUAUUUUGAAAAACUCUUAAAUAUCAAAGUUUCGGGGCCCGAUUCAUGUGGGGAGGUUGGUGAGUUUGAGGGCUUACCGAAAGCCUCAAUUUUAGGAUUCAUUUUGGAAUAGAAAGAAAAAACACAUUUUGGAUAUAAUUAUUAAAGAAUGUACAAGCCAAUUGUCAGUCAGGUUUGCAGAGAUUUUUCUGUUUGUGGCUUUGAAUUUAACUCAACUGCAGAAGAAAAACAGUUUGAAAAUGGAAAAUUGUUUUCAAUCAUUUUAAGUAAAUAGUUUUUGUGAUUGAAUAAAAAAUGAGAUGCUGGGGACUCUGAUAUGUAAUCACAUUUAUAUCUGUGAGAAGUAGACACCAAUAUUCAAUGAAUCCAUCCAAACUUUUGAGCAGCUGUCCUCUAUUUAUUUGUGGUUUUGAUGUGUCCUCAUUGUGGUUUUGAGUGAAAACAAAGCUCCUCUAAUUUCUCCGCUCUGUAGAUGCUUACACGGAUGAAGAUCUGAUGCUUUACUGGAAAAGUGGCGAUGAGUCCCUGAGCACAGAUGACAGGAUCUCCCUGUCUCAGUUUCUCAUCCAGAAAUUUCACACCACCUCCAGGCUGGCCUUCUACAGCAGCACAGGUACACUCACAGGUUUAUGUUUACUUUCUGUGACGCCUGUUAAAACUUGUCAUGUUUGGGGACUGUACAAAGGUGCUUCAAAGAGUCCAGGUUUACUGUGCAGCCGUGUAAAGAAGGGAUUAGUUUGAUUAUUUGAUCAGUCUGAGCUGAAACAGAAAAGGGCAUGAUGAAACUCAUUAAUCAAAGCUGUCUGUUGAUACCUGUCGGCUUUUUCUUUAAUCCAAUUAAUAUUUGAGUUGACCUCAUGCUAACAUGGAACAGUUUCUUCACUAAACUCAUGUUUAAGCAGUCUAAAUUAAAUGAAAUUCAGGGAAUCAGCGGGGACUCUUUGCCCCGAGGCAAGCUUACGGGCACAUUAGACUCCAAUUUUGCAGCGUCAGAAGUAAUCGCGUCUGCAGAGUCAAACUAAAGUGAGAAAAUCCAAAGAAGCACGAUGCAGGGCUGUCAAGGAAAGUUAAUUUACACUGCAUAUCUAAUGCACAAAGGAAACCAAAGUGCAUGACAUAUGCAUCAAAUACAAUUUAAAUGAGAUUAAAUGAGAGAAAUAUGCAUAAUAUAGCAAGUAUCUAAGGAUGGGAGGAAAUGUUGCAUACUGAUUAUGGUCUGUGUAUUUGUGGUGGAUGUAGCUAAAGUCAUUCUCUGGUUUCUGAGCUACAGAAAGCAGGUAUUUCUGGAAAAUGAGGUGCCAAACUAGUCGGCAUCAGUUAAGUUCACUUAUAGUCUCAUAAAACACCAUAGAGGCACAUUAUGGAGCAGCUUUGGUGAUUGUGUACAAGGAUUUUUAAACUGUUUAUGUAGUGGUGAAUCAAAAUCUAUUGAGCAUCCCUGUAUUCCUUCUUGCACUGUGAUACAGCAAUGAAGAAAUGCUAGUUUGCGGGAAUAACAUUAGUGUUUCCAAAAUUUUCAUCUAUGCUAUCCACACGAACUGAGUUUUCCAAAAUCUUCACUUGAGAGGUUUUUUUUUUUAAUACCUGAUUUUCAGUGAUUGAAAAAUUUAUUUGCAUGUGUUUAAAAGACCAUAGUGCACAUAAAUGCUACAUUAACAAAAUUACCUACUUAUGUGUGAAAGAGGCCUUCGCAGCAACUUUCAGUCUUGAGAAAUGACGCCAAUGCAGAAGUAUUGAAAAUUGCAGUUCCAUGAAUGUCCACUUGGGGCUGGCUCUAAAAGCCCAAAAGCCACAUACACACCCAUUCAAAAGGCCUAACUUUAAAGAAAAGGUGAAUAUUAUAGACUAGUAAAAAAAUGAUUUUGGUCUAAGCGGACCAGUUUCAGCUCCGAAUCUUUGCUACUUUGCUACUAAAUUAACUAAAAGUUAGGUUGAAUCAGCAUUUUCUAAUAUGCUUCAAAAUUCCACUUUACAUUAAAAAAAAUUGUCCUCUAAACAGGGGUAUGGAAAAAUUUGGGAACCACUGGCAAGAAGUGAUUAUUAAACAGACAAAACAAAGAAAAACUGGGUUAAAAAAGGGUAAAAGAGGAACUGAUGAAACAUUUUCACAAGUUUAAAAUAAAGAAUUGCUAGAGGCAAGGUUAAAUUGUUACAACUCACAAUAGCAAAGAAGAGAACAAAUUAAAUGGAGGUAAUAAAUCAGAUGAUAAAACACCAAAAGAUAAACUAAAAUACAUAAUAAAACACUGAAAGAUACACUCUAAAAUGUUUACCAAAAAUGUUUCAAGACACCUUGUUUUAGAUUAAUUGGCAAAUGUAAGAUCACAGGUUUACUCUCAAAUCCGAAACACCAACACCGUCUUCCCACCUUGAGCAGGGAUUUUAUUCACCUAUGUUGUUGGAAAACUAAACUGUAAUGGCAUGACUUAAGGACCGCCGUUUGAAGGUGUGCAGUUCAGCUUUGUGUUGCUGCAGUGUGAAAACAUGACAAGCCAAGGGGAAAAUGAGACAGUGUAUUAUUUUGUUCAUCUAAAUUGAAAUAAAUCAAAAAAGCCACAAGAGUGAAAACAGCCUAAACAGAAAAUAGCAGCAAAAACUACCUCCGUUUUACUCUGACAAUGACAAGAAUAUUGUUUUCACGGGUUGUGUUGUGAAUGUAAAGUGACAGUCUUAAAUCCGUACACCAGUAUGAUGACGUUUGAAGGCUUUUUAGACUAAAAAAUUGAAUUAAAGUUAGUAGAAUCUUAUCAUGGCAGAGGCGGUGUCCUAGUUACUCUCCACAAUACACAGAGCACACUGACAAUGCCAAUCAAGGACACUUUGAUUAUUUUCUCUGAAAUAAUGAAACUAUUACUGUAUCCAGACAAAGAGAGUUCCUCCGAGAAAGGUUUCUGUAACUUAGAAACUAGAACACUGAUAUGAAAAACACACCUUUGGGCUUUUCCCCCCUCACAUUCUUACUCUGCCAUUUUUGACGUUUCUUUGCUCUGCUUUUAUAGAUUUUCCUGUCUAGUUUGAAAUGCCCUCCAGAUUUCUAUCAUUCCGGUUCAGAAAAGUUGAUAUAAUUUCAUCUCUUGUGUUAUUUGGCACAUCAUUCUCUAUUUUACCUCCCACGUGUACCGUAAUAUGAUUUGCAAACUUUGGCUGAAUAUUUCUUUCCUUUCUCCUUUCAGGCUGGUACAACCGUCUGUACAUCAACUUCACUCUACGGCGUCACAUCUUCUUCUUCCUGCUGCAGACUUACUUUCCUGCCACGCUGAUGGUCAUGCUGUCUUGGGUGUCCUUUUGGAUUGACCGCAGGGCUGUACCUGCCAGGGUCUCACUUGGUAGGAAUGCGAUGAAUGCACUUACUGUAUAAACACACAAUGGAAAAAGCAAAUAUAGAGACCAUGGGAAAGUGAAGAAGGUCAACAAUCUGAAGAUUCUUAUUUGCUCUGUUUGGGAAUGAGCUGAUCGUAAUUCUGAUCUAAUCAGUCAUGCAGCCAUCAACUACUAUCCAGGGUUUGGAAAUAAGAUGCCUCUGAUUCCUCGUCAUUUGCCUAGUAAGCAAAACUGUCUAGAGGGAUACCUGCAUCAUCAUAUUUUGAGGCCACUGACCAAAUUUGAUUUGUUGGAAAUGAGAUUGAGUUGGCUCUGUAACCGGAGCUGUAACUGCUGAAUGUGAUCCUAAAGGCAUGAAACCAACCACAAGAUAAAUACACCAUUUUCUCCAGUCUCUAUCCAUCAAACAUGUUUUAUUUAGUCACGCUUGAUGAAGCGAUUCUGUUUCUAGAGCAUCUAGUUUUUUUUUUUGGCUCAAUUUUCAGAUCCUUUUGUCAGGUAGAGAUGAUAUCAAUUAGCAAAUAAUCUGCAGAGUUGAUGAAAGAUUGUCUGCUCUCUGUGCUUCAGGUAUAACCACAGUGCUCACAAUGUCCACCAUCAUCACUGGAGUGAACGCCUCCAUGCCCAGAGUCUCCUACAUCAAAGCUGUGGACAUCUACCUCUGGGUCAGUUUCGUCUUCGUCUUUCUGUCUGUGCUUGAGUACGCUGCCGUCAACUAUCUAACGACGAUGAGAGACGGGAAAGACCGCCGGCUACGCGAGAAAGCCAGGGAGCAGGUACAGAGAUCUUUUCAGAUGCUCAAUACUCAAUGGUGUUUUUGACUUCUUAUUCACUUCUUAUUUUGACUUCCUCUCAUACAGUCCCAGACACUUCCCUGCACUUGUGGGAUGUCCCACGCCAGGACCAUGAUGCUGGAUGGGACGUACAGCGAGGCAGACGCAAACAGCCUGGCUGGAUACACGAGGGCCUCCAUGGCAGCUGAGGAUGCGUCAGAAAAACAGGAGCGAAUGGUGGUGCAUCUCUCCCUGGACAAUGAGCCCACAGGGAACAAGCAGAAGAAAGGCAUCCGCGGCUUCAGGAUCAUCCAGAACACUCAUGCCAUCGACACUUAUUCUCGCAUGAUCUUCCCCGGAUCCUAUAUCCUUUUUAACCUGAUCUAUUGGUGCGUGUACUGCUGAGCCUAUGCCGUUGGGCUAAAACUGAAGCAGCCUGCAAGACUGGCUGCAAGGGAUAAUCAUAAACUACUGAGUGUGAAUAUCUCAAAGGUCACUGCUGGGUUGGGCCACUUCUGUUCCUUUUCAUCAUCAAAUCACAAGCUCACAUUUUCUCCAAAACUACUCAACAAACUUUUAGGGCUGGUUGCACAGGUUUUAAUCUUACACCAUUCAAAAGCCAGUAAAGAAAAGACUCACGGACUUGGCCUACAGCAAGCUUAUCACCGCUGACUCUACAACUCUGCAUUUGAUCAUAGACCGGAGAGUCCAGAGGGAGCCAUAGCCGCCGUGUCCUUCCCUGGUUUACGGACUUCUACUUCGGGGCCUUGAGUUUGGACAGUUUGCCAUCCACACCUUGCUUACUGGCAGCUGGCAACUAUACAUGGACAAGAGGGUGGAGCUGGAGAGGAUAGUAACUACAGAGUUAUCGACUAUCAUCAGCUUGGUUGGUUUAUUAAGGUGUCCAUCCACUCUUUCCUUUUGGGAAGGUUACAUGGCAGCAGAACCCAAACAUCGCUCUCUUCAGCAAUAUUUUCUUGCACUUAAUGAGGGAUCCUGGGGCACUCUCAGGCCAGAUGGGACAUGAUUCCUCCAUCAAGCAUUGAUCUUGUUGGUUGUUCCUGUUGUACCUCCAAAGGAAGACAUUCAGUUAACAUCCUCAGAUGCCAGAACCUCCUUCACCAGCUUCUUUCGAGUAACACCUCCAAUCCAAGCUCUCUCGGGAGGUGAUACCCAGCUAAUGAGAGUAACAUCGGUCUUUAUUUUGGCGAGUUUGAACCAGGUUUAUCAACAUGCACUGACCUGUCACUGUCUUUACCAACAGCAAACACUGCCCAUGACAUUCAGAGGUGGUCGUAGUGGUCCCUAAAACACCCCAAGUACGCUGUGCUUUCCAUAUGUUGUUCUACUGAAGGGAUGAGCUGUCAGUCAGUUGCAGAGAAUAACUCACAAGUCUGAAGCAAAGAAAACUUGGAGGUCAUUGGCUGUUGUCGGAUGAUAAUUAUAUCUAUUGAGUUCAUUAUGAAUAUUUUAGGACUUCUGGAACAGCAAGAUACCAUAUCUCUGUCAAGACUUCCUCUUUGGUAGAAAUCCUUUGCGUCUUUAUGUACCAUCUUUCUGGGAAAAUACCAAAAUUCAAUGUAAUAUCUCUAUCUGGUAAAAGUGGUGUACACGUCAAAGUUCUUAAAAGUAUUUUGUGCAUAAAAUUGAGGAGUAUUUAAGAGUAGCCGGGUAUUUAAAGAAUAUUGUCGUCAGACUAUGGCCAAUGUUUUCUAGGUUUGCAGUUCAACAUAUUAUUUACUCCAACUUUUGCUUUUCAUGCAGAGUUAAAAGCUCACUCAAAUUACCAAGAUUGAUUAAGUAACCAGAUUGCCUCUGAAAAGGCUGUCCUGUGAAGACAGCGUCGGUAUUUUAAUGCCAAUUAUGACCAUGGAAAUUUAAAUAGAGAAGAUACAACAGCAUAGUAAAAGAUGCAAACUUGUUUUGUUGUUAUCUUGGCAAACACAAAGCAAAAUAAGCUUCAUUUCUGGUAUUAAACACGUGCUCAUCCAAUUCCUUAUAGAUCUCUUUAUGGUUUCGAUCAAAUCCCGAGAGGCAAGCUUUUUUAUUCCACUUUCUACACCAGCUAUUUGCCAAUUUUUUAUCCCUGAAUUUGGAUCCUGGCAUGGCUAAUAUAUGGGGGGAAAAAAUACCUGCUCAAGUUUUCAGACUGUCAUAAAAGCCUCACCAACUACAGAACUCACAUGCCUAUCCACGGUUGGGGCUGUCAGCACUGAGCUGUAGUGAAAAGCUUGUGCAACCAACCCUUUUCCAGACUUCCUUAAAUAACCCUCUCCUCUGAAGCGCUCCAUCUUCCUGAUCAGACUGUCACAAAAAGACCAGCAUAUCAUUUGGCUGUCAUUGCCUCUGUAACCUUUGCCGCUUUGGAUGUGAAUGUGUCCAGAGCAGAUGGCUAAUGAGGCAGCGAGUGAGCUAAAUACCGGGCUUACUUCCAUUGACAGCCCUCAGAAUAAAGAAGUGACAACAUUUCCAUUAGAGGGACUGUAAAUGCUGCUGCCGUUCGUUAUCUUCAUGGACUAUUCUUGGAAUUAACCAGAUUGGAGGAACCCAUAAAGCAACAACUGAACAGGAUUUUAUGGGUUUUAAAGCAGCAAACACCGCUAUUACAGGACUGACUUCUCAUCUACCGUAUUUAUGGACUUAUGGGCUUGUUUCAAUCACUGGAUCCUUUCAGUUAUCAUGAAUUAUUCAUUUAUGGGGCAGCAAUCUAUCCAUGUGCCAUUAUACCUUAAGUUGGCAGAGAAGCACGACACAGGGCUUGUACAGAUCUGCUUGUUGCAUGCUGCAGACGUGCAAUAAUCUAUCUUUCUAGUUGUAUAUUUAAUAGAAAGGACUUUAAAAAAAUGGAAAGCUUUAUCAGUGAUGUAACCGCCUUAAGUGAACAUUUUUUUAUACUCCAACAUGGUUUAAUGGCUGUACUUGUAUUGUUUGUUCUUUUUCUGUGUGAGAACAAAGACUGACUACAUAGUUUUCUAAGCUGUGUUUCAUCCAGCUUACCGUUUAAUCAUGUCAGGAAGAAGUUAGCACAAACCUAUUCCAAGGCUGGACACGCUGUGAUAAGAAGCUCACUCCAAGGUUCUGGUUUAUGAAUCAGUAUUUCAAAGACAGAUUCUAUAUAAAGGAUAUAAACUUUUUAAAUAUAUAUAUAUAUAAAUAUGCAUAUAUACGGGGGAAAGAGUUCACUUUAGGAGACAGAUUUUAUCUGUAACAUUUAUGUGUAUACUGGAUGUGCAGCUGGACUCAGAGGAUGAUUAGCCUCGGAUAAAGUCGUGACGGUGGGGGAGACAGCAAGUCUAACGCUAUGAGGAGUUGGGGUGUUACAAUCUAAUCCCACUCGCUUGUUGGAAGGGAUAUUGAUUAAGGGUCAAACACACUGUAACACCAAGUUAGACACCCCUUCGAGAGAUGAAUGUUGCCGACCGCUUGCUUCUCUAGUUAUACCAAAUUUAGUAACGACCGCAGAUAGCAAUACAUAGAUACCUCAACAAAACGCCACGCUUUAGCCGCAAAUAAUGCUCAGAACAGCACCUAACUUCAUCAACAGUAUAUAUAGGGUCCUAGUCACAGCACUAGCCACCAAACAUCUUUUUAGCUUUGCCUAAUUUCUUGAGCAAAGAGACUAAACACAACUCACCUACUCUCUUCCAGCAGCCGCUUGUUUGUAGCAAGACCUCAGACUAGUCCAUUAUCGACUGCAGUGGGGUGAUGCAGCUCAAGGAAGAACAUUUAUGAUCAUUUCUUCAUGGAAAUGCAAUCAGACCAAGACUCUAAGGCAAAAGAACUACCACAUCUGCAGUGCAAAAUGAUUAAUAUGAUGAUUAUUAUUUCAAGGAAAUGAUAAAGUAAUGAUCAUAAAUGUUCUUCCUUGAGCUGCGUCACCCCGCAGCAGUCCAUAGUAGACUGGCCUGAGGUCUCGCUACAAACAAGUGGCUGCUGGAAGGGAGUGGGUGAGUUGUGUUUAGUCUUUUUGCUAAAGAAAUUAGGCAAAUAAAUUAAAAAGAUGUUUUGGUUGUUAUGAUGUUUUGGCGAUUUGGUUGAGGUUUGUUUAUGGCUCCUCAGACCGCUGUGUAUUGCUAUCGUGUUACUAAAGUUGGUAUAACCAGAAAAAAAAAGCGGUCUGCAACAUUCAUCUCUCGAGGGGGUGUCUAGCUCGGUGUUACGGUGUGUUUGACCCUAAAUUAAAUUUACGCUGGAAUAUUCCUUUAAGUCGUCUCCAGGGUUUCUGUUGUCUGCUCUGUGUGAGUGGUGGUCAUGCACAGCCUUGCCUUUGUAACGCAACUUGCAAUAAACAAAGUUAAUACAACUGAGGCACACUACAAAAGUGAAGACCACUUUCAUCCAAGAGGAUCAUCAUCAGUUAUUAUCAGCUCAAUUUGGCGGUAUGGCUCUGCUCCCUGCUCUUCCACUUGCCCACGUGGAAUGCCAAAGUGUGUUUCAUGUGCAUGCGUGAAAAGCCAAGGCGGGGAGGAUCAGCUAAUGGACUCUGUGCUGUGCUUGACUUUGUGGAUGCAGUUUGGUUAUUUAAGGCGCCAAAAGGCUUUCCAUUUCUAUUCAACUUAAUUCUUUCAGCGGGAUUUUAUGUUCAUGAGCCAUUUGUGUGUUCACAGGGAGGUCACUUCAAUCACUUUGAACCCAGAGCUAUUGCAGGAAAGUGUAAUGUCUGUGGUUUGACUCUCUGAGGCUAUUUUUGUCCAUAAAUCCAGCCAGAUUUGUGGAACAAGAAGGCUUUUCCUAAUGUGAUCGGGAGCAACAAGCUUUCUGAAAAAUCUGAGGUGGUUUUAGGCUAGGCUAGUUGUGUUCCCCUGCUAACGUCCCAGCUGCACAGAUGUGAGAAUGAACACUGCAAAAUGUCAAAUCCUGGUACAGAGGAAAGUGAGGGUAUUUUUUUUUUGUUUUUUUUGUUUUUCCAGUGAGGUUGUAUAGAGUGGUUUCUAGUAGUGAGUACAGGAGAUCCUGGUUAACUUGGCCCAAACACGAGGGCAGAUGUUUCCCUGCUCCAACACACCUGAUUCAAAUGAUCAGCUCGUUAUUAAGCCAUUCCAGAGCUUGAUAACGAGCUGAUCAUUUGAAUCAGGUGUGUUGGAGCAGGGAAACGUCCAAAACAUGCAGAAGGGGGGGCUCGAGGACUGGACUUGAGAACCACUUGCACUAGUGUAUGACCAUAGACUGUAUAUACUAUGGACAACUUGGUUCUGCCUUUCGCCAGUAUAUGGAUCUGAAGCCAAAAAGCUCUCAGUAUUUCCAGGAUUUUUCUUCAUUUCCUGAAACCAGCAUUGCACAGUAGCAUUGUAGGUAUUGGGCGGGAGAGUCACCGAGAAUCGCUGUAAUGACACUCGGCUCAAACAGCGUAUCCCCCGUGUGAGCUACGCAAUCUGUGUACACCCAUAGGCUGUAUCAAGUGUCAAUCACAGAAAACAUGAACCCCUUAAUAACUUUUAAAAACGGAGCUGCACAGAAAAAAGAGGACUUGAACACAAACCAGUCUUACAAUAACUACAUGUCAACAUCGCAACCAGGGGGAGAAAAAUUUAUAUUCUGUGUAGUAGAUUUCUAAAGUUUGUCCACAGCUCCGUAGGGAUUGCUGGAGGGGGCGGGAUUUAUAACCUAUACUGCAGCCCAUCACCAGAGGGUGCUGUCCAUUCUAUAUACAGUCUAUGGGAAUGACCCACUGCAGACUGAAUCAACUCUACCCUAUAAUUUAGCUAAGUUUUGAUUUCAGUUUGAUAUCACCGUAUGCCUAAGAUUAUUUAGCUGAUUUAGUCAUGACUGUAGAGUUUGUUGUUCCAGCUCAGUCUUCCCCUCAGCAGCUAACAGCGUAUUUCGAUAAGGUAAACAUAUCCUGUGGACUGUAGGUUGUGUUAUUACGCGUUGGGUGAACUCUGGAUGAUGCAGACUGCGGUUGUACGUGAGCUUUGGCAGAGAAGGUUUCUCCUUCCCUCUUCCAGCCUGAUGAGUUUCAUUAUUCCUCUGUAAACUCUGCUUCAUAAAGGUGUCUACAGUUAAUGCGACAUGUCAUUGUCACAGUCAGAAUCACUCAUUUUUCAGUUUGGUGGUAUUCUUUAUCUUUUUUCAAGCCCGCAGACUUAAACAGUCGAUUACUGUGCUGCAGGAGAAAGUGCAUUUUAGUGUUUUGCAUAAAAAUAGUGCAAAAAUAAAUGAGCUCUCUGGAAGAAAAUAGCUGAAAACUUUUUAAAUAGAUUGCACUCUUAAACCACUCUAAGUGUUUGGGUAUCAGUUUUUAAAAUUCUGGUUGAGUUAACCUCGUCUGCAGAGGUUAAUAGCCUAGCUCCAGUUCUCCAGCCAGUUUCUCCCAAAAGGUACGGAGCUGACCAGCAUCUCCUGUGGGUGAUAUACUUAGUAUCGACAAGUACCUCACACAACCCCACUUCAAAAAAAAAAAAAACACACUAUCCCUCUGACUGUGAUCUCUUCAGCCACCGUUAAUUGGCUGUAGCUACUCUGCAGCAAUUAUUUUCCAAGACUCCUUCUGAUUUGUUUGAUAUUGUCGUCGCACAUCAUUUUAAGAUGAAACAGAAAACAGUUUCUCUGUACAAGAAACGAGACGAGAAAGACGUUCAGAUCUGUCAGCUUCCAAUCAAACGUCACUUCUACCUUCAACUCCCGCAAAAUGUUCAGAAUGUAACGCUUUUCAGAGCACAUUUCAUAAAUAAAGUCUUUCUUUCACA